AUGAAGUUCACUCUGUUCACUCAAGCUGCUCUGGCCAUUCCCUUCCUCACUGGAGCUUUGGCUGCCCCUGCUCAAGAUGGCCUUGAGGAGCGCGCAAUCGACUGCACCUUUGAAGUCAAAUAUCGCAAGGUUUGGGUCGAGAGCGGUCUAGAUAGAUAUCGAUUCCAGCUCAUCACCAACCCUCGCAAUGAACUACACCUGAAGACUUACUGCGAUUUGUACACGAAAUCACUUGGUUUCACCCAUAACAAUCAAUGCUUCUGGGGAGAUGCAUACUAUCUUGACUCUAGCGGCGCUCGAGGUCCUGCUGGGCGAAGGGCGGUCCAGGACAGCAACCACAAGGCUUGUGAUGACUUUGAAGUUAUCACCGGUUGCCGAACAAUCAGGAACUUCUAA